AUGAUCAACCUCGCUUUGCAACAAGGCCGGGAAUGUCCCGUCGUGCAGUUGCAGGAACGGACCGAUACAGACAAUCUGGCUUACAAUCAACACGUGGAGAUGCACUACCCGACCUUUCACAGCGGUUCAUUGCAGGGGGACGAAUUGCAACCGUUCCCUUCGUUGCGCGACCAACAGCGUCAACCGCAGCAACAGCAACUACAACAACCUUUCGCUCCCUAUGAGCCUGAAAUGGUUUACAGCAUCAGCCCGCAAGGUCCUGCGCAAGCCCCUUAUGAGGUCGUGACACCAUACUCAGCCCGGCCGUCUGCAGCCAUCGAUGACCUCUCCGGCCAAUUUCCCGUUCCACAGUAUUUCUCUCCAAACGAACCGACUGGCGCUGGUGUUCCGGCCGUGGGUGUGCCUUACCUAACCUCUGCCCCUACUUAUAACCAGCCAGGUCCUAUUGGACGCCCAACCGGCUCCCAGCCCUUUCCCACAACCAUGACCGAUAUGCCUCCUGGGGGGACAGCCGGACGAUUCGACUCGUCAUCGUCGCAGCAGCGGCAACAACAACAACAACAAACGCAACAAGCAUCGUCCCAGGUUAUACCUGAACCAACGACUUUGACUGACGCAUACGGCCAGUUUCAAAGAGCGCUGCGAGGUACCUUGGACAAUGCGCGCACUGGGCGAUUGGAGGAAGCUAGUCGAUCCCUUUUGGAAAUCUCCGAGUGGCUUGUGACCAAUGCCCGGGAACUCGCGGUAUGUCAAAAACAGAAGGACCUGUUGCAAGAUGUGUUGCGAACACGUCGUCAGCCGCCACAUACCUCUCUCCUGAAUGAUGAUGUGAUGGAUAAUUUAGGGAAGGAAUUGAUUCAGCUGUGCGAUCGCGUGGAACAGUUUGGCUUAGUGGACUAUCAGAUGGGGAUCUGGGAAGAGGAGAUCCUUGGUGUCUUGGGCCAAUGUCUCGAUCUCUACGAAAGCCUACCGGAGGUGCUUCGCGCCCACAUGGGCACUGCGCCCGCUAUUGCUGGACCUCGAUCGUGA